GACACGCGGCGGGAUUACAUUGGAGCACGUCAACGACAGAAGCGACUGCACAGCAAAACCGCGCCCACUCGGACUCGGACUAAACCCUAAACCCAUCGCCAGAAAUACAUAUGAAGAAGAAAUUGUGGUGAAACCCUAAACCCUCCGGUUGCUCUAAAUCUUGAAUUGUAGUCUCUUACUAAGAAAUGGGGAAGCUAGGGAAGAAGGCAAGGAAGUUUGCAAAGAAGCAUCUUCAAUCUGUGCUUAAAAACAGACGAAAGACAAAGGUUUUCUUCAAAAGGAAAUCUUCUUCAAAAGGUCAACAAGAUACUGUUGAAGAUCAAGUCGGGAAUACAACUAUCCCAAAUGGAAGGGACCCUGAAGGGGAAGAUCUAAAAAAUAUUUCUCUUGAUGAGAUAUUCACAGAAGAUGACAGUGAUGUGGCGGAAGAUGCUUCAGACAGUGAUGGAUUUCUUUCAGAGGACUCAAGCUGUCCACAUGUUGCAGAAAGUCAAAAUGAGAUUAAUAUAGAAGACACCAGUAGUGUUUUGGGCUUGUCAGUGCACAACAGUAAGGUUCAGAAGGAGCUUGCUGUGCAAAAGAAAAAAUUGGAUAGGCUGAAGAAGAAGGACCCAGAGUUCGCUAAGUUUUUAGCAAGCUACAAGAAAGGCCCUGAGAUGUUCCGAGGCGAAGAGAUGGAUUCUGAUGAAGAUGAAACAAGUAGUUACAGCAUGCGGCUAGUGGAUGAAGAUAGCUCCAUUAUGAGCCAGGGCAAAGUGUUGACACAUUCUGUUAUAAAUUCUCUGUGUCAACUAAUUAAGGAUGAGCAUAAUAAGUCUGCCCUUAAGACUCUUUUAAAUGGGUAUCGUGCUGCGUGCCGGUAUGGUACUGACUCCAUCGGUGUUCCUGAUAAUGCCUCGUGCCAAAGAAUUCAGAACAGCGGAACUUUCUGCAGCAUAUUAAUGUUCAUGCUUCGUGAGGCUGAUAAUAUAUUUCGGGGUCUGUUGAAAAUACCUUCUUCCAGUUGCAAGAAAGAGAGCAUUUUGGAGUUGAAGAAUACUUCUAAGUGGAAAAGUCUGAAGCCACUCAUCAAGUCUUAUUUGAGGAGUACAUUAUUUUUCUUGAAUCAGGUCGCUGACUCGGAGAUAUUGGCUUUCUCCUUGAGCCGACUGAGAGCUUCUAUAAUAUUCUUUGCUGCAUUUCCAUCUUUGCUGAAGAGACUGAUGAAGGCUACAGUUCAUUUAUGGGUGACUGGUGAAGGGGUUCUAUCAUCAUAUUCCUUUCUUAUAAUACGGGAUGUGGCUGUUGUGUUUAGCUCUGAAUGCUUUGACAUCUGCUUAAUAAAGACGUAUAAAUCCUAUAUUAGUCGCAGUAAAGUUGUGGACUUUGUCAAUACUAAGCAUAUGCAGUUCUUAAGGAACUCGUUUAUUGAGCUAUGCUCUUUAGACGUUCAUAAAUCAUGUGCGAAGGCUCUUCUAUCUAUUCAACAACUUGCCAAUAUAUUGAAGCAGGGUCUACGAAAAAAGAAGGAAUCACUCAAGAAGAUAUGCAGUUGGCAGUACACAAACUGCAUUGAUCUCUGGGUUAUGUUUAUAUCAGCUAAUAUAUGCGAUUAUGAUCUUCAUCAUGUGUUUUAUGUGAUCAUCCAGCUCAUAAAUGGAGUGGCUUGCCUGUUUCCUGGACCAAGAUAUUUCCCUUUAAGAUUAAAGUGUGUUCAGUGGCUAAAUCAUCUCUCCAGUUCGAGUGGGAUCUUCAUCCCCGUUGCAGCAUUAGUCUUAGAUGUUUUAGAGUACAAAAUGGGCAAGGAAGGUGGAAAACCAGGAAAGGCCAUCAGCUUUUCAUCAGUAUUGAAGUUGCCAAAACAUUGGUUAAAAUCUCGGAACUUUCAAGAGGAAUGUGUUUUCUCUGCUGUUGAACAACUCUCUGUGCACUUUGCUCGGUGGAGCUACCACAUCUCCUUCCCCGAGCUAUCAACUAUUCCACUCAUCCACCUUAGAAGGUUUCAUGAAAUAGCAACCACUGAAAGUUUGAGGCGUGUGGUGAAGCGUUUGAUUGAUCAGGUCGAAAAGAAUGUUGAGUUUGUGCAGAAGAAACGAGAUGACUUAGCUUUCUCACCAAAAGAUCAUCAAUCCGUUGAAUCAUUUCUUCAGCUUGAAAAGGGCAGUCUCAAUGCUCCAUUUACUCAGUAUUAUAGAAGUGUCAUGCAAAAGGCUACUUCAAGGAAUCUAGACACUAAUGGAAUUAAAAGUUCCAUGGAGCGUAAGAAUAUGAAGAGAAAAAGAGGACGGCUUCCAAGCAAAAAGCUUAAUGGGGAUGUCAAUAGUGGAGGAGAUGAUCCUAAAGGGCAGAAAAGCACAUGAAAAUUUAAUUUUUCGAACACACUUUUUCUAAUCUCUAUACAUGUCAAGGAAAUGAAAUUUUGUUUAUGUUAUUUGAAAAUUUUGUAGUUGUAUUUGAAAUAGCUUUCAUUUACACAUUUAAAGUUGCAAUUAAUUAUUGAGUGUGCUGCUGAUGUUAAUGCUAGAUCGGUGGAAAUUAAUUGUUACAACUGAUGACCAUGUUGGACCAGUUAUGUUGGGGAUUAAUGAUCAGUCUUACAUUUGUAA